AUGUCAUCAUCUAGUUCCAACAUCAAAGAUUUGGAAAAAUGGUUACAAGAUUAUCUCAAUGAAACAAUAAAAAAAAAAGGAUUCCGUGUUUCACGAUUUCCAAAAGAUGAUGAAGAAAGCGAUACUGAGAUAAAAGACCCUGACCGAAUACAUAAAUGUAUCACUGUAGUUUUUGAGGUUGACAAUAAAGAAAAUUUGGACCUUUAUUUGAAUGAAGAGACACCAAAGAUUCAAAAAGCUUUACAAGAUAAAUUCAAUUCCAAAAAUGCCUCAGUGGUUUCUUCAUGUCGUGUUUUAUAUCUGCUUUGCACUUUGGACGAAACGAAUCAGUUAAAAUGCAAAAAUAUAAAUUAG